UAUAAAUAUAGAGUGUUGUGGUACACGUUUCACAGUCGAUUUAUUGUCGACAAACGUGUAAAGAACAGGUAAACAUCGAGGCAAGAAUUUAUCGUAGAAAGAUGUACAACUCGGUGAAAGGUGAAAUGUUAAUUGUGUUGGUGAUCGCAAUGGCUAUCGGAGGCUAUUCGAAAGCGGUAGGUCCAAAUACAGAAGAAAUCGAUGUCCCACCGAUGCCGAAACAUCAAGGCAUAUUCAACGAGAACUCUGAGUAUAGUUCCAUAGCGAAUCGUGUAAGUACAUGGAAAGAAACGGACAAACAAAACGUUUGGGAAUUAAGCGGCCUGCACGAAGGUGAUAUAAUGCUUAACGAGGACGAGGAGGAUAUUGGUACACAGAAUGGAGUAUUGGACCAGAAGUUACGUUGGCCCGGUGGAAUUAUACCUUAUUACAUAAAGGAGGAUGGUUUCGGAAAGAAGGACAUCGAAGUAAUCAAGGGUGCUUUAGAGGACUACAACAAGAACACCUGCAUACGAUUCCGUCCUUAUCGCAGCGGCGACAAGGAUUACAUCUACAUAAAAACCUCGAACACCGGCUGUUGGUCCUAUGUUGGUAGACAAAAUAACGGACAGGUAGUGAAUCUGCAGAACCCAGGUUGCGUAUACCACGGUACAAUCGUGCACGAGCUUCUGCACGCGAUAGGCUUUCAACAUGAACAAUGUUCCACGGAUCGCGACGACUGGGUUACCAUCAAUUGGGAAAACAUCCAGUCAGGUCGCGAGCACAACUUCGUAAAGUACGACAGCAAUACUAUCACGGAUUACGGAGUCGGUUACGAUUACGGCAGCGUGAUGCAUUACAGUACCUACGCGUUCUCGAAGAACAGCAAACCGACCAUUACGGCGAAAAAACCAACAAGUGUAAUUGGCCAAAGGAAAGGACUCAGUGACAAGGAUAAGAAAAAGUUGCAGGCAAUGUAUACAUCGAUUUGUAGCAACCGAAAUAUCGAGGAGAACGUGGAUUGAUCGAACGCACGAAAUUUCACGUAACUUGGGACAGUUUAGUUCGAGUUCGCGUUAAAUAACACGGAAAAAUAAUGAGAGAAUACUGUUUCAUUCGGUAAAAUCUAAAUUUAGAUUUUUCUAUUGUGUACAAAAAAGUAGAUAUUAAAAUAUUUGAAUAAAAAUGCAUCA